AUGAAUUUACUCCUUCAAUUUUUAGCCAUAGUUGGGCUAUUGGCUCUAGUUGUCUUCUACCAUCUAUGGGUCUUCUUCUCAAAAGGUACCCAAAUUGAGAAAAGCAAGACAGUGGAGGCACCAGAGGCACCCGGAUCAUGGCCCAUAAUAGGCUACCUUCGUCAACUAGCAACUCCUCAGCCCCUCUUCCGAACACUUGCUUCCAUGGCUGAGAAGCACGGACCAGCCUUCAUUGUUCGAUUCGGUGUUCAUCAAACACUUGUAGUCAGCAGCUCUGAAAUGGUGAAGGAAUGCUUCACUAUCAACGAUAAGGCCCUUGCAAGCCGUCCAAGAAGUGCUUUUGGUAACCACUUCACCUAUAAUUACGCAAUGAUGGGGUUCGCACCUUAUGGAUCCUACUGGCGUGAGAUACGCAAAUUGGUGGUGCUUGAGCUACUCUCCAACCGCAGACUUGACUCACUCAAACACUAUCAAUAUACAGAUGAGCUUUGGGUGAAGAACAAAAAUAAUAAUCUACCAAUUAAGGUUGAAAUGAAUAGAUUGUUACGUGAUCUAAUCAUGAAUGUGGUUCUCAAAAUGGUUAUUGGAAAGCAUUAUUUUUGUGUGGUUGAAGUGGGAGAGGACUGCAACAUAGAGGUCCAAAAGAUCCAAAACAUAAUAAUUGAAUUUUUUGGAAUCACUAGGGUCUCAGUUGCAUCAGAUGCUAUCCCUUUUCUUGGAUGGAUUUUGGGUUUCAAAGGUGAGGAAAGGGCUAUGAAGAAGAUUGCCAAAGAGGUGGACUUGAUUGCUCAGAGCUGGCUGCAAGAACAUCUGGAGAAGAGACAAUAUUUUGCAGAUCAGAAGGAUGAACAAGCUGAUUUCAUGGAUGUGAUGUUGUCGAUCCUUGAAGAGGAUGAUGCUCAAUUCCAUGGUCAACCGUGCGACAAUGUUGUCAAGGCCACCACUAUGACUAUGAUCUUAGCUGCUACAGACACCACCGCAGUGUCCAUGCCAUGGGCUCUUUCCUUGCUACUGAACAACCAACAAGUUCUCAAAAAGGCUCAAGAAGAAAUAGACAAGCAUGUGGGGAAGGACAGGAAUGUGGAUGAGAAGGACAUUGGCAACCUUGUAUACCUCCAAGCAAUAGUCAAGGAAACACUCCGCCUAUACCCUGUGGCACCACUCUUGGUACCCCAUGAAGCCAUAGAAGAUUGUAAUGUUGUUGGGUUUAGGAUCCGAUCAGGGACCCGAGUACUUGUGAAUGCUUGGAAAUUACAUAGAGACCCUAACAUAUGGACUAACCCUUUGGGAUUCCAGCCAGAAAGAUUUCUAUCAAAACAUGCAGAUGUGGAUGUGCGUGGUAAGAAUUUUGAGUUUAUUCCAUUCGGGUCGGGUAGGAGAUCAUGCCCGGGAAUUUCGUUCGCCCUUCAGACCAUGCACAUGAUGCUUGCCCGUUUGCUUCAUGGGUUUGAGUUGAGAACACCUUUGGACCUACCUGUGGAUAUGACAGAACAAGGUUCGGGUCUAACCAUCCCCAAGCAAAAGCCAUUGGAACUCCUCCUCACUCCUCGUCUCCCUUCCCAUCUUUAUGAGUAGAA